AUGGAUAAGGAAGAUUUGAUAUACAGAAUCAGUACGGGUCAAGAGUGGGAAGAGUUUCAGAAGAAUGGAUCUUCUUCUGGUGGAGAGCUCGAUAAAUCAACUGGUUGUUUCCAUCUCAGCAGACUCGAUCAGGUGCAAUCGACAUUGAAGAACUUUUUCAUGAAUGUAAAGGAGGAUCUUUACCUACUUCAAGUCGACCCUAAGAAGCUUGGAGAUGGAUUGAUCUAUGAAGCUGUGGAUGAAGUGAAUAGCUUCCCUCACUUCUAUGGUCCAGACAAAACUUUCAUUCCUCUUCCUCUAGAUUCUGUCGUCAAAGCUGAGAAGCUAACACUCAUCAAUGGCGAUUUCACCUGCAGCUUCUUGACUUGA